UCCUUCCUUCCUACCUCUUUAUAUCUCUCUUAUCACUUUCACCAUUUCUUCACAUCUUAUAUCUAACACUACUACUAUUACUACUCCUCAUUCUUCUGCUUCUACCUUUUUCCUUUCUUGCCAGACCAAAACAUUUUCUAUUUAUAUGGUUCUUUUCCUUCCCCAUUUGCUUAUCUGGCUUUAGCUUGGGUCUUGGUGGUUUAAAACCCGUAGGCUUAUACCAAGGGCAAGAACAUUUCUUGGUUUUUCCUCAUUUUUUUGCGAAGCAGCUAGCUGACAGGUAUAAAACCUUAGUGUUAAUUUCCAAGAUGUCUAGCAGAAGGUCAAGGCAGUCGACAGCAGGCGUAUCCAGGAUUUCAGAUGAUCAAAUCAUUGAACUUGUCUCCAAGUUACGCCAACUUCUUCCUGAGAUUCGCGAUAGGCGAUCUGACAAGGUAUCAGCAUCCAAGGUUUUACAAGAGACUUGCAAUUACAUUAGAAGCUUGCAUAGAGAGGUGGAUGAUCUAAGUGAGCGACUCUCCCAGCUCUUGGCUACAAUUGAUACUGAUAGUGCCGAGGCUGCUAUAAUUAGGAGUUUAAUUAUGUAAUAAUAUGCCAACUUUUAUUAUUUUUUCUGCGUUGUACUUUCUUACUAGGUUUUGGUCACUAGAUCAAACAAAAACUAGAAUAUAUAUUAUAUAUUUUAAGAUGCUCCCCCAUGUGGAAGAGUGUGCACUGUAAUUACGUUGUAUAAUAAAUGGACUUGCACUAGCAAAGCCUUUAAUUUUA